GCGCGCCCGCCGGAGGGCGCCGGACGGUGCGGAGUCGCGACCGACGCCAUAUUAAGGAGCGCGGACCCCGGGUUACGGUCAGCCGCGAACGCGGCCGGACGAGGUGUAGCUGCUCUUACUAGAGGCGGGCGCGGCGCGGCGAGGCGCCAGGAGAGGCGGGGCUGGCGGAUCCAGUGGGCGACGGGAGCGAGCCAGGCUGACGGCCGCCAUGGACCAGGACUACGAGCGGCGCCUCCUCCGGCAGAUCGUCAUCCAGAACGAGAACACGAUGCCGAGCGUUGCAGAGAUGCGGCGAACCCUGACACCCGCCAACUCUCCCGUGUCCUCCCCCAGCAAGCACGGGGACCGCUUCAUCCCCUCGAGAGCCGGCGCCAACUGGAGCGUGAAUUUCCACAGGAUCAACGAAAAUGAGAAAUCUCCCAGCCAAAACCGGAAAGCCAAGGACGCCACCUCGGACAAUGGCAAAGACGGCCUGGCCUACUCGGCUCUGCUGAAGAACGAACUGCUCGGUGCCGGCAUCGAGAAGGUGCAGGACCCGCAGACGGAGGACCGCAGGCUGCAGCCCUCCACGCCUGAGAGGAAGGGCCUCUUCACGUAUUCCCUCAGCACCAAGCGCUCCAGCCCCGACGAUGGCAAUGACGUGUCUCCCUACUCCCUGUCCCCCGUCAGCAACAAAAGUCAGAAGCUACUGCGGUCCCCACGGAAACCCACCCGCAAGAUCUCCAAGAUCCCCUUCAAGGUCCUGGAUGCGCCCGAGCUGCAGGACGACUUCUACCUGAACCUGGUGGACUGGUCAUCCCUCAAUGUACUCAGCGUGGGGCUGGGGACCUGCGUGUACCUGUGGAGCGCCUGCACCAGCCAGGUGACCCGGCUCUGUGAUCUCUCCGUGGAAGGGGACUCGGUGACCUCCGUUGGCUGGUCUGAGAGGGGGAACCUGGUGGCCGUCGGCACACACAAGGGCUUCGUGCAGAUCUGGGAUGCGGCCGCAGGGAAGAAGCUGUCCAUGCUGGAAGGCCACACGGCGCGCGUCGGGGCGCUGGCCUGGAACGCCGACCAGCUCUCGUCCGGGAGCCGGGACCGCAUGAUCCUGCAGAGGGACAUCCGCACGCCGCCCUUGCAGUCAGAGCGGCGGCUGCAGGGCCACCGGCAGGAGGUGUGUGGGCUCAAGUGGUCCACGGACCACCAGCUGCUCGCCUCAGGGGGCAACGACAACAAGCUGCUGGUUUGGAACCACUCAAGCCUGAGCCCCGUGCAGCAGUACACAGAGCACCUGGCGGCCGUGAAGGCCAUCGCCUGGUCCCCGCACCAGCACGGGCUGCUGGCAUCCGGCGGCGGCACAGCCGACCGCUGCAUCCGCUUCUGGAACACUCUCACGGGGCAGCCGCUGCAGUGCAUCGACACCGGCUCCCAGGUGUGCAACCUCGCCUGGUCCAAGCACGCCAAUGAGCUGGUGAGCACGCAUGGCUACUCGCAGAACCAGAUCCUCGUCUGGAAAUACCCAUCCCUGACACAGGUGGCCAAGCUGACCGGGCACUCCUACCGGGUUCUCUACCUGGCCAUGUCCCCUGAUGGAGAGGCCAUAGUCACUGGUGCUGGAGAUGAAACCCUGAGGUUCUGGAAUGUCUUUAGCAAAACCCGUUCGACAAAGGUAAAGUGGGAAUCUGUGUCCGUCCUCAACCUCUUCACCAGGAUCCGGUAAACCCGUGGCCGUGCCGUCCUGGUCGCAGAGCGCCACCUCUCAGCGUGCAUGGACCCUCCCCUCCCCCGAACAUGGGCCCCAGAGGAAGACAGGCAGCCAGGGUGGGGCGGGAGCCGGGCCUGGAGAGACCCUGAAGGUUCUAUUAAAGCCUGAUUGUGAA